AUGCCCAAGCCCAGACGCAACCUGCAGGCCACGGCCGAAGAAACCAUGACCCCUCCCCAAUCUCUCACCGAAACACAAUCCGUCGCUCGCGUCCAACAAGCCGCUGGAAACAACCUGUACCGCGUCGAGCUGCCAGACACAAAGGUGCUGUUGGUCGAGCUGCCCGCUCGCUUCCGCUCAACCAUCUGGAUCAAAAGAGGUGGUUUUGUGCUCGUCGAUACAGGUGCCAUGACCGAGCGUGAAAACAAGCUGGACGGCGAGAUCAUCAAUGUCGUCAGAAACGAGAAGGAAUGGCGCAAGGAGAAGUACUGGUACGCUGCUCUGUUUUCACAUAGGCGCAAUGCAGUCGCUGACACAUACACAGGNCCCAAGGAGUUUGUGCCAAGAAUCUCGUAUGCCGAUGAAGACGACUCGGAUGAGGAAGAAUCCAACGUCGGCAAGAUGCCGCCUUCCGACUCCGAGGACGAAUGA